CUCUUUUGGUCAAGGAUUAUACUCAACUUUACUGGGUUGCCUGCUUGCUUCCUGCACAAUGUUUUGGGUAAACAAAACAAGGCUAUUAGUCCUCCUGGUGCUCCCAUCUCUAGGUUUCCUCUUUUUCCAGCAGUUGUACAGCCCCAGUCAGUGUCCUGGUGUAGCAGAGAAGUCAAGCCCUACACAUGUGUUGAUCUUGUCCUCGUGGCGCUCUGGCUCCUCCUUUGUGGGCCAGCUCUUCAGCCAGCACCCAGAUGUCUUUUACCUGAUGGAGCCAGCCAAGCAUGUGUGGGCGACCCUCUCCUCUGGCAGUGCUGGGCAGUUGCAGAUGGCCGUGCGAGACCUGAUUCGUUCAGUCUUCCUCUGUGACAUGACUGUUUUUGAUGCUUACAUGGCCCAGGGUCCAAGGAAACAGUCCAGCCUCUUCAUGUGGGAUAGUAGUAGGGCUCUGUGCUCCCCACCCGCAUGCCAUCUCUUUCAUAGGGAGGCCAUCAUCCCCCGGGCUGACUGUGGGAUCCUAUGUGGCAAGCAGCCCUUCACCAUGGUAGAAGAAGCCUGUAAGUCCUACAGUCACGUGGUGCUCAAAGAGGUACGCUUCUUCAACCUGUUGACCCUCCAGCCACUGCUGACUGACCCCUCCCUCAACCUGCACAUCAUUCACCUUGUGCGAGACCCCCGGGCUGUGUUCCGCUCUAGACAAAACACAGAACAGGACCUGAUGCAGGACAGCCAUAUUGUCAUGGGGAACCAACGGAAUAAAAUAAAGAAGGAGGACCAGUCCUAUCACUUGAUGCAAGCUAUCUGCCAAAGCCAACAGGAGAUCUAUAAGGCGGCACAGUUGUUACCAGACUCCCAACGAGAACGCUACCUGCUAAUACGCUAUGAGGACUUGGUGCAGGACCCACUGACCCAAACUUCCAAACUAUAUGAAUUUGCAGGGUUACCUUUCCCGCCUCAUCUCCAAAUCUGGGUGCAUAACAUCACACAGGGGAAGGGCAUGGGAAGGAGUGCCUUUGACACAGACUCCAGGAAUGCUCAAAGUGUCUCCCAGGCCUGGCGUUGGUCCUUACCACAUAACCAGGUAGUCCAGUUACAGAAAGUUUGUAAAGAUACCAUGAACCUGAUGGGCUACCUUCCUGUAUUGUCUGAGAAAGACCAGAGAAAUUCAUCAGUGAAUCUUCUAUCUACUCCUGAGAUCCCCUAAAGCUUGGCAACCAAUGAGUUGAGUGAGGGUCUGGUUUUGUACAAUGGCUGUGGUCAGCUGAAUGCUUUUGGGUCUAACUAUGUUUCUCUAUGGGUAUGCAUGUGAACAUGCUGUUGUAUGUGACCAUGUGUGGCCAAAGGACACUCUGCUUCCUGACUCUAUGCCUUGGCAUUGGCUGUCCCCCUUGCAUGGAAUGCCUCCCUUUUUAUAUUGGCCUCUGAACAUCCCUGGGGGUCCUAAAAAGAGGUCAAGCAUCCCUUUGUGAAGGAGGGCCUUCCUUCCUCUCUAAGGGUGCCUUGUAUCUACUUUGCAGGUACAUACAUAGAUAUAUAUAUAUAGACAUAGUAUAUGUGGGUGUAUAGCUCAUAUGAGCUCUGAUGAUCUUUAUCCCAACUUCUAUUCUCACAGAUGAGUUUCAGGAUCCACAGCCAUAGUAUAUUCCCUAGGGGCAGCUAGGUGGCACAGUGGAUAGAGUUUCCACCUUGGAGUCAGG